CGCCGACUGCCAGGGAAAAAGCCGGUUGCUGGGAGAGUGAGGAAGAAAGGGAGGGUGCCGAACACGGAAGUGAUGGCAGCGCCUUGGGAGCAGGUGGAGGCGGUGACCGCAACGUGUGAGACAGGAACUCAACGCCGACGGGUGGGGGCUUGCAGAAAGGCGUCCGCCUUUUAGGAUCUACACGAGGUGCAGGAGUGGCUGGGCCUCCCUUCUCCACCUUAGCGAGCACUCAGAGUGAUGGCGAUGGUGAUGGCGGCAGUUACUCGGACAGCCCCAGUUAAGCUGCGCUCUGAGAGAUAUAUCCAGAGAGUGCCCAGAAGAAACUUCCUGCUGGAAAAACUGAAAAAGCAGUAUUUAUAACACUGGAAUUUGUGGAUAAUUUGUUAAAAUGGCAGAAAAUAGUGAAAGUAUUAGCAAAAAUGUAGAUGUAAGGCCCAAAACUAGUCGAAGUAGAAGUGCUGACAGAAAGGACGGUUAUGUGUGGAGUGGAAAGAAAUUGUCUUGGUCAAAAAAGAGUGAAAGUUGUUCAGAUGCUGAAACAGUGAAUGCUGUAGAGAAAACUGAAGUUCCUUUAAGGAGCCAAGAAAGGAAGCACAGCUGUUCAUCCAUCGAGUUGGAUUUAGAUCAUUCCUGUGGGCAUAGAUUUUUAGGCCGAUCUCUUAAACAGAAACUGCAAGAUGCUGUGGGGCAGUGUUUUCCAAUAAAGAAUUGUAGUGGUCGGCACUCUUCGGGGCUUCCAUCUAAAAGGAAAAUUCAUAUCAGUGAACUCAUGUUAGAUAAGUGUCCUUUCCCACCUCGAUCAGAUUUAGCCUUUAGGUGGCAUUUUAUUAAACGACACACUGCUCCUAUAAAUCCCAAAUCCAAUGAAUGGGUAAACACAGACUUGUCUCAGAGUGAAUUGAGGGAUGGUCAGCUAAAACAAAGAAGAAAUGUGGAAGAAGAGGUAAACUGCUUCUCACAUACCAAUGUUCAGCCCUGUGUCAUAACCACCAACAGCGCUUCAUGUAGAGGUGGUCCUGUGACUGGCUCUGUGAUGAACCUGGUUUCAAAUAACAGUAUAGAAGAUAGUGAUAUGGAUUCAGAUGAUGAAAUUAUAACACUUUGCACAAGUUCCAGGAAAAGAAACAAACCCAAAUGGGAAAUGGAUGAAGAAAUCCUGCAGUUGGAAACACCUCCUAAGUACCAUACCCAGAUUGAUUAUGUCCACUGUCUUGUACCAGACCUCCUUCAGAUCAAUAACAAUCCAUGUUACUGGGGAGUUAUGGAUAAAUAUGCAGCUGAAGCUCUACUAGAGGGAAAACCAGAGGGUACCUUUUUACUGCGAGACUCAGCACAGGAAGACUAUUUAUUCUCAGUUAGUUUUAGACGCUAUAGUCGUUCUCUCCAUGCUAGAAUUGAACAGUGGAAUCACAACUUUAGCUUUGAUGCACAUGAUCCUUGUGUCUUCCAUUCUCCUGACAUUACUGGGCUCCUAGAACAUUAUAAAGACCCGAGUGCCUGUAUGUUCUUCGAACCACUUUUAUCCACUCCUUUAAUUCGGACUUUCCCCUUUUCCUUGCAGCAUAUAUGUAGAACAGUUAUUUGUAACUGUACAACUUAUGAUGGCAUUGAUGCCCUUCCAAUUCCUUCUUCUAUGAAAUUAUAUCUGAAGGAAUAUCACUAUAAAUCAAAAGUUAGAGUACUCAGGAUUGAUGCAACAGAACAAUGCUAGGGAAAGUGUGGGAAUAUGGGAAUGAUUAUAUACAUAUUUUCAUUUAAUAUUUUAUUUUUCUUAUGUCACUUUGAAUUUUUCUACAAGGGCAGUUGAAAUAAAUCUCUGCCCUAAAUUUUACUUCCAGAUCAGUUUAUUUUUCUUAUGAUAUACUAAUUGUUUAAAGUUACACACUAGGGGUUAAUGAAUAUUUUUGACCAGGUGUUUGGUUUUUGUUUUUACCAAAUAGAUUGUAUGCUUACUUAAUUUUUUUUCUUAAUUGUAAUUCGCUUACAAUCCAGGGAUAUUUGGAAUUUGGUAGGCGUUGCAAACACAGUUAAAUAAUCUAUAUUUCAUACUUUUCUUUCAAAAUAAUCUUACGUCCUUUCCUACAUGUAAAUUCCCUUGUUAACCUAUGCCAUUGGCAUUCCUAUACAUAAAAUAUAGUUUCCCCAUCCCCCUUUUCAGAGUUGUUUUAAAGUUCUUCAGUAAAGCUGAGUGUGUUGUAAUUCACAAUCCAUACCAACGUAUUGAGUUUUGUAACUUAAUAAAUAAUAGGGAUGUUAAAGGUAACAAAAUGGUUUGAAAUUAAACUUGAAGUAUUUUCAUUUUAAAUACUAACUAUAAAGCAGUAUUAGUAAAUUUGAUUUAUCUGAUCAGGAAGAAUCAAAUGAGAACAUGACUUUUUGGAGGUGAAUUUAUUUCCUACCCUGUAGCAUGGUCAUUUAUUUUUUAAUAGGUCUUUUGCUCAACCUAGAUGAGUUGCUAUCUUCAGGACAAAUAUUGUUCCUUUCUCACUGGAAGCUUUCAAAAUAAUGAUAACACUAUUAUUAGUAAAUAGUAGUUACUAACAUACUAAAGCAACUCUGGGGUUUUUCUGUUUUUACUUAUGAACUGUUGCUUCUGAUUAGCCUUUUCAUAGAAACUCUGAGCCUGUUCUUUUGGGGAGAUGCCACAGUUUUAUAAACAGCCAGAAAUUUCCAUCGGUAACCAAAGAGGGACCUAAGUAUUCAUUAUUUUAAAAUGAGCUUCACUAAACAUUCAAGAAGUAAACAUGGAGCUCAGUUUUUUGAAACUUAAUAUUGGUUUUGAUUUUCGGGUUUCAAAUAAUUAUUCCUAUCUUCAGAAUUAACAUGUCUUUACUGUGGCGUCAAAAAAGGGAAAACAUUUUGAGAGCUACAUGGCUUAUGCCAUACUGAACAGUACUAGGCACUAGGAGUAAUAUUUUAAAUUUGCUGUCUCAAUACGGAAGCAUUUUUAGAAACGUCAUUUUCCCAGUAUAAUAAAGGUAAAUGGAGUGAUAUCCUAUCUAACUCCCCUUUUUUAAAGAGUCAGCGCGUAAUUUCCUAGACAGUCGUUUCUUCUGGUGAGCUGUCUAACCCUUUGUACAAAUUGGCUUUUUUAAUAUCAUAGUAGUUGAUUUCUUGAUGAUAAUUUAGGUCUAGUAGGAAGCUGCGUCCACCUGGACUGAAAGAAAUUUGACUCAACUUUCCAAGUUAGAACAGAUGUUUCUUAAGUAUCAUUGCUUUUAUUUCCCUUUCCUGCAGUUCUGUUGUAAACAUAAAGAUGGAAUUUUUCAGUAAUAGCUUUGAAAUAAAUUUUUAGCAAUUACAACAAAAUUAAACCAAGAAAAUCUCUUACCAUUUUCUAGCAUUUUUUUUCUCAGUGAUCUCAAGAUUGUCUUGGUUCCAGGUAGGGUAACUACUAAUUAUGGCACCUGUCUGUGGAGUAAUGAGGCUCAGGAUAUCAUUAACACCGAUAUCGGGAUAAAUAUCUCUUCUAAAGAUGAUAUUUUCCUUUUACAAAAGUAGAAAAGUCUCAUACUACCUCAUCUUUAUUGUGACACUUUUGUAGAUCACUGAGAAGGUUGUCUUAUUUACCAAUAAAACACUUCCUAAAUAUCCAUUUUUGGUGAAAGAACAUUAAUAGUAAGACUCUACCCAUGAUUAUAGUUUUUUAUCAGAUUUUGAUAAUGAGACUUUCUGUUUCUGUGAAACAAUUAUUGUUUUAAAUAGUUUUCUUUUAAAAGUAACUUUUUAUCAGUACAGAAAAACCUAAGGGAUGACUAGCUAACAAAUAUUCUGUUAAAGAGUAAUUUUAUAAAGAAAAAAUGAAAUAUAAUUAUGUUGUCUUUUAUAAUGGUACAAAUUAAUGUUUAUAUGAAAAUCAAGAUAUAAGUAGCUUUUCAUAUAUUCAAACUGGUUGCUUGUGAUAUAUUUUCUCUGGCUUUCUUAUUUUUUCAACUUCAAGGUAUUAAUAGCUGUUAACAUUUUCAAAAUACUGCCAUACAUAUAUCCUUGAACUAAAUGAUCUAAUAAAUGAGAGCAGGGAAGAGACUCAUUUACUCUGAAAUGGUUUGUAUUUUUCCUUUGGUAUUUGCUACAGUGAAAAGAAAUCUGGAAAGUAGAAGUAUAAAGACUUGAGAAGGGAAUGGUUUACCAUGAAGGAAAAAGGAAAGAGUAAUAAUAAAUUUUUAAAACAUUAAAGAAUUGGAAUUUAGAAAGGUUAAUUCCUUUCUCUGACUUUGUGAGGAUACAUUUGGAAGAGCAUUCAGUAUUCACAAACUUAUUUUUUAAAUGUAAAAUAUGUAAUUAUUGGAAUAUAUAACAAAAGUGACUAAGUCAUGAGAGGAACAUGAGGAAAGAUACAAAUAUAUCUAAAUAUAAAUUUUGUAACUCUAAGUUUGUGGGCAUUUGAAAAGUGUAAAUUCCAGAGUUGAGAAAGCAUCAGCAUGGUGGAAUUGUGUAGAGCUUAUUGGUGAGAGAGGAUGGAGCUAAAAGAAACAAGAUAAAAUAUUAAAAUUAAGAAUUUAGGCAUCACCUCAGGGAAGAGCCUUGACAGUGAAAGGGAACUACUUAACUGCUAAUAGCUAGUCUGGACCAGACACUUAACUGCGCUUUGGGAAUCAUCCUGCACUAAUCAGGAAAUAAACUUGACUUUUCUAUUUCUCAAGCUUUUCAGGACAACCCCACCACCACUACCAUGCAUCUUUUUUUUUUUUUUAAAGCUAUAGCAUCUUGAUUCAUACUCUUAAUUCUUGAAAUAUUCUGAAUGGGGUUUUUUAGGUUCCUUGAGCAUUUUUGUAUGAAGAAUCCUAUGUGAUCUUUCUAUAGCCAUGCCAUUCACUUAAAUAAUUCAUAGAGAGAAUGGUUUAAUUUAAAGGAAGACCUAAUAGGAAGAAGAUUAAAGGAAGCUUUUAGUCAGCCUGUGGUUAGAUUUAUUGAUUUGGUGAACAGAACUGUGUUCUUUCCUGAAUUUAAGCUAAUGGUCAAAGAAUGGCUUUCAGUUAAAGUUGUGACUUAUUAUAAAUAAUAUAAAGAAUGUCUAAGUAAUUAGAAAUACUUUAAAAACUAGAGUAAAUGUGGCCAAUAGGACUCCUACAAAUUCCAUUUCCUUUUAUAAGAAAAACACAAACCAUUAUUUAUUCAUGAGCCAAAGCCAUUAAGAAGACAAAUCAAGUGAUCAGCUUCCUGUCUCUCUGAAGUUUGGAUCAUUUUAUAGACCCACGUAAUAGAGCGGUUUCUUCCUAUGAAACAAAAACCUUGAAACCUAACUCUUAUACUCUUAGUUUUCAUUUAAAAACUUUUUUGUCACUUUUAGCUAUAAUGAGUCAAAUAGGCUAUAUAUAUUGAUUUUGGUGGAGUAAAUCUCACAGGAAAGUAGACUUAAUUAUUUCUGGAGACAACACAGGGAGAAUAAUGUUUAAAUGUAAAAAAAAAACCCUGUGUGUUAAGUAAUACCCAAAUGAAUAAAAGAUUUUAAGUCAAGCAGACUAUUGUUUCUAUUUUGGAAAAAAAUCUUUACAAUUUUGGUCUUAACUGUAAUCAGUUUUACAUUUAUUUUUAUUUCUAAAGAAUGAACAGAAAGCACAAAGGUUUUUUUUUUUCUUUUUUUAAUGACCUAGUAGAAAUGAGCAAUGCUGCAAGAGUCUGCCUAUGCCAUUCUAAUAUAUUAAGUUAUUCGACACAGUGGAAGUGACUUUUUAAAUGGAUUGGCUUCUAAGUAGAAGUGUAGACUAACGGAUACAGCCCAAUGGAAAGGGAUUUGAGGCACAUUAAUCCUAUUUCAAAUAAAAGCAGAGUCUAUUUUUUGUUUAAUUUUGAAUAGAUUACUCAAUCCUAAAUCUUUAUCUUCAUCUCCUAGCAUAUAAAAUGUAGAAAAAUAAUACUUGUCACAACUUCCUGAAGGUUAAUUCAUUUAAGAGAUGACCCUUGGAGCAUACUUGAAAAUAAUUUCUGUAAUUUCUUGAAAAUAACGUGAUAGAUUUUCAAAGUAUCCCCUUAGUGGACCCUGCAAACUCACAUUCACUUCUUAUAGUCUGUAAUAGGCUUUCUUGGCUUGAUUUGACAAUAGAGGUAACAGUACAAUUUGGAUUUAUGGUUUAGACUCUGGAAUUGGAUGAACAAUUGCAGUUUCCUCCUACCCUUAAUAAGGUUUAUGUAAAAUUGAUGUUUGCCUGUUAUUUUAAAAGUUGAUUAUGUUUGCAGGAAGUGAAGAUAAUCACUUUUGCUGUGGUUAUAAUCAAAUCUAAACUUUCAGACUUAGGAAAGUAAAACUCAAGGAGGUUUACUUAAAUUACACUUACUUUGCUAGGAUUGAAUCAAUUCUGUAUAAGCCAAGUAUGAACUUGAUAUAUACUUGAAUAUACAGAGUUUAAGUAGUAAUUUCACAAAACUGUUAGUACUCUCGUCAGUUGGGCUUGUAUGAUCCUCCCCUUACCCAAAAAGAAGUAGACUGUUUCCAUUUUUAUUUCUAAUCCUAAAGUUGAAUGUUUCUUCUUGGAUGUGAGUUCAAAUAAAUUGAUCUGAAUAAAUUUUCACUUCUUCUUAAUUAAAAAUUCGUAUAUAAAA